UGAAGGACGAGCUUGGAGGCAGAGAAAGGGGAACCCGCCCCGAAGAGGCUCAAAGGCAUACAGACGCGUCAGGAGAGCUAUUCUCUUUCGGCAGAUCUUUGAUCAUCACACCAGGUCUGGACACACAGAGAGAUCUGUGAGUGAGUUCGAGCGUCCUCUCUCGUUGCUGAUGGCCAAGGGCAAGUUCAAGAAGCUGCGUGACACUACCCUGUCCCGCAAGGCCACGUCAACCUUCGGCAGCAAGGCGCGCGACACUGAUGAGGUGGCCUUCUCGUUCCAGCAGUUCUUCAUUGACCUGGUGGGGCACAUACUCUAUCGGCAGUUCCUGUUCCCAUGCUACCCCGUCAUGUGGCUGCUCUACGGCGGACGCAAGGGGGGAUGGAUGGCCAUGAAGUAAGUGAGCUAAGCAGACAGGCAAUCGAACGAACACUCACUGCAGUUGGUUGGUCGGUUGAUCAUGCUUGCCUCGCUGACCCCGGCUGCUGCGGUGCACCGAUUGGAUGCCAUCAGGAACCGGCAUUUCCUGAGCUUCUCGUGGCACUCGUGGCUGCCUUUGCUCACUGUGUAAGCAAUGAGGGAUGAGCCAGGCGCUGGUUCAUUUUGUUUCAUUGAGGCUUGUGUGUGUGUGUGUGUUGGUUGGUUGGUUGGUUGCCUGGCUGCAGUGUGUUCUACAUGAUAUCGUUUUACACUUACGUUUUGGGCCGUCCUGCGUCGGUCUACGCCAUCGAGAUCCUCCACAUGGUGCUCGUGGUGCACCUGCACUCAUUCACCGUCGCUGUUAAAUACGGGUGGGUGCGGACCGCACUUAAGACAACACACAAACCCACACACAGAGGGAGGAGCACAUCUCUCUCUCUCUCUCUCUCUCUGUGUGUGUGUGUGUGUCAGGUUUGUGUCGCGUCGCAGCUUCCGCGAGAGGCGAGAGCGGAUGAUCGACAACAACGAGUACGAGGAGGAAAUGCUCAUCAGCGGCUGGCUCAACGUCAAACCCUGCAGGGCGUGCGCUGAGCUCAGGGCCGCCACCGAACGGCUCAAGGUGGACCCCAAUGCACGACUCAGAUUCGCCAUUGCCGAAGACAAUGAAGGAGUGAGUGCGCGUGUGCGUGUGCAAGACAGAGAGAGACGGAUUGUGUGUGUGUGUGUGUGCUUGUGUGUGUGUGGGUCAUGUGUGUGUGUAGUUUGAGGACACGCAGCAGCUGAUGCACUUCCUGUCGGGCGACCCCAAGGACUUCUACCACUGCAAGCACCUGCGGCCCUCACAGCUGCCCCCAGACGACAUCGAGCAGGGCACCGCCAACGACACAACUACCGACACGACCACAAACACGUCCUCCUCGCUCCCACGGGCGCCGUCAGAAGUCAGGAAGCGGACCGCCACGUCGAGUGUGUGCACCGAACUGGUGCUCUACGACCUGCCGAUGAUCAAGGUGGCGCAUUACAUCGUGGCCAACGUCAUCCAGUACGGGCGUGUUGCCAAGCACACGAUGGUGGGGCUGGGCGUGAUUGCUUUCUUGACGACGCUCUUCCCGGGGAUUGCGCGGAUGGUCAACGGCUAUGGCUUCUUCGGAAGCGACGCUGCGGUGGGUCGGUCGGCCACAUAUAAUAACAGAAUACAGGGAGGGCGGGGAGGAGGGGAGCGUGGCUGUAUCUCUGUCUGUCUGUCUGUCUGUCUGUCUGGUUCUCUUGGUUUGUCAGUCGUAUGUGGUGGUGGCGUGCGGCAUCGUCCCUAUCUUCUUCUACACUUGGGUGAAUUAUAUGUUCCUCAUCACCGCACACGCGUAAGAACACUACACCAGCCUGCCACCACAAGCCCUGCGUGAGGGACACAAACACUUUGUGUCUGUCCAUGCGAUGCGUUUGCCUCUCCUCCAUCCAUCCUAUCAGUGACUUCGCGCGUCGGUGCACGUUGAUGGCCUGCUGCGGCGGGCUGCUGACGCGUGACGAGGAGGACAAGGAGAGGGAGGUGCUGCAGGCCAGGGGCAUGGGGGCCCUGCCUGUCCUGGACCUGGCGGACGUGUCAACCGUGCGGACGUUCCUCACACUCCGGAGGGUCCUCAAAGACUGGGGUGAGUGAGCGGGGGAGGGAGUGACACAAGCGUCUGGGUGUGUCUGUCAUCGGGGGUCGAUCACUGUCUGCCUGCCUGCCUUGUGUGUGCGUAUGUAUGUGGUAUGGGCAGGUCGGCGGUAUCUUCAGCGGAUCACGAUGUUCAUCGGCUGUUUCUUCGUCGUCAAUGUGGCGCUCAUUGCGUGGUUCCUCUAUGAGGUGAGAGUGAGUUCAGCAGCGGGGCCCCCGCCUCCACCACACAAUACAAGGACAUGCCAGGAUCUGGCUGUAUGUCUCUCUUUGUGUGUGCCUUUCCUCGAUGGCUCAGCUCUACGCGCGCAAGGUGUUCGAGAUACAGACCGUCAUUAUAGCAGGUGAGUGAGUGGAUGGUGGGGGGGUCCACAGGACAGGCCACACACACAACACAAGAAAGAUGACCUCUAUCUCGCACACCACACCUGCCCGCUCGCAGGGACGCACAACCUUUUGCUGGGUGCGAUCUUCAUCUUCCUUGUCUUCAACGGCAUGACCAUCAACAAGAGCGGCGAGCGACACUCAUUCCUCCUCGUCAGACACCAGGACCGCAUCGCCGCCAUGAUCCAGCUGCGACUCAAGGAACUCGCCGGCGAGCGGUGGCCACACAGCGGAGAGGAGGACGACCCUGCUGAUGACCCAGCAGCAGCAGCGGACAGUGACACAAACAAGAAGACAGCAGAGGAGAGGGCCAAGUGUGUGGUGGACAGGGUGGAGCACGCCGGCACGGCAUCGCAGGCAUUGCCGACGGUGGCUUCGCUGCCCCCGGCUGUCAGGAGCUCGACGCGGGCAGACAGCAUCACCAGCGACACAACAUCCAGCAAGACACUCGGUGAGCCAGCUGGCUGCAGGGCAAGAACCAACCACACACACACACAGUCUCGAUAUGUUUGUUCUGGCAGACGGGCUUCUCUCCCCCCGUCAGCUGCCCACCCAGCCGUCCUCUUCGCUCAAGUGGACGAAGGCAGACACCAACCUCAGCGCGCUUCCCCCACCCAGCAGCGAGUCGCAGCAGCUGCAGACGCAGCAGCCGAGCAGCUACAACCAGGUCAUGCAGGUGGACCCGGUGCUAUAUGAGCUGACCCUUGCCAAGGACAGGCUACAGAUGCUCGAGCACGAGAUCAAGCUUGACGGGGACGAGGCGCCCAUAUCCAUCUUGGGCUUCAAAGCAGGUGGGUGGGGGCGUGUGGGUGGGUGGGAGAGAGGAUGCUGGCUGGAACGUCUCGUGUAUGCCCGUGUGUGUGCGUGCGUGUGUGUGUCUGUGCUGGGUCGAUCAGAGAUGGAGCUGCUGAGAGCGGUCAGCGUGAUCCCCAUCGCGACGGUGACGGCCAUCAGCGAGUUCUGGCUCAAUGAAAGGGGGGCGUGAUGGAGGGGGAAUGAGUGCGAGAUUGUGCGUCCUUCCUUCAUGGCUGACUCCAACAACUCUCCCUUUAUCCGUGUGCGUGUGUGCAUGUGUGUAUGUGUCUGUCGAGUAAGGGGCGCUUUUUGCCCUCCCUAGGUAGGUGUGUCCGUCGUCGUGUCAUGUCUGUCUGUCUGUCUGUGCUGUUGUGUGUGGUCCGGUUUUGUUUAUCGGAUUGCCGGGGAGUGUCAGCGGGGCGCGCUGACACUCACUUUCAUGAGAGUCGUUGCGUACGCGUAAUGGGCUAGCCAAUGGAUGGAUGGAUGCACUCACACAGACAUAGACACACACAGGUGUUGCUCGCGUCCAUCGGCCGAUAUG